AUGUCUGGCUGCUCCUACAGAAGGAUGCCCUAUUUCUGCCCGGAAUAUGUUCCCACCUGCUUAUGGGGGGGCUCCUGCUCCAGAUUUCUUCUCCAGUCUCUGGAAGAUCUGGACAACAGCUUAAGGAAACUCAACUCUCGCUUGUUUGUUGUGCGAGGGCAGCCAACAGAUGUCUUCCCAAGACUCUUUAAGGAAUGGGGAGUCACUCGUCUCACCUUUGAAUACGACUCGGAGCCAUUUGGUAAGGAGAGAGAUGCCGCUAUCAUCAAACUGGCCAAGGAGGCUGGCGUGGAGGUGGUGAUAGAGAACUCCCACACCCUCUAUGACCUGGACAGAAUAAUUGAGCUGAAUGGUCACAAGCCACCCCUCACCUACAAACGCUUCCAGGCCAUCAUUAGCCGCAUGGAGCUCCCAAAGAAGCCGGUGAGCACCGUAACAAGCCAACAGAUGGAGAAGUGUAAAGUGGACAUCCAGGAGAACCAUGACGAUGUGUAUGGGGUGCCAUCCCUGGAAGAGCUGGGCUUUCCUACGGAUGGUCUUGCCCCUGCAGUUUGGCAAGGAGGGGAGACAGAAGCCUUGGCACGGCUGGAUAAACACCUGGAACGAAAGGCAUGGGUUGCAAACUACGAAAGACCAAGGAUGAAUGCGAAUUCAUUGCUGGCCAGCCCUACAGGACUCAGUCCCUACCUGCGUUUUGGCUGCUUGUCCUGCCGCUUGUUUUACUAUCGUCUCUGGGAGCUGUAUAAGAAGGUGAAGCGAAACAGCACGCCCCCCCUCUCUCUGUACGGACAGCUUCUGUGGCGGGGGGUUUUUUUCACAGCAGCCACAAACAACCCGAAGUUUGAUCGCAUGGAGGGAAACCCCAUCUGUAUCCAGAUCCCCUGGGACAGGAACCCUGAAGCCUUGGCAAAGUGGGCAGAGGGCAAGACAGGCUUCCCUUGGAUCGAUGCAAUCAUGACUCAGCUGAGGCAGGAAGGGUGGAUCCACCAUCUGGCCAGACACGCGGUGGCCUGCUUCCUGACCAGGGGCGACCUCUGGAUCAGCUGGGAGUCGGGAGUCAGGGUAUUUGACGAACUGUUGCUGGAUGCAGAUUUCAGCGUAAAUGCGGGCAGCUGGAUGUGGCUUUCGUGCAGUGCAUUCUUCCAGCAGUUCUUCCACUGUUACUGCCCUGUGGGCUUCGGACGUCGCACAGACCCCAGUGGUGACUACGUUAAGAGGUAUCUGCCCAAACUGAAGGGGUUCCCCUCACGAUAUAUAUACGAACCAUGGAAUGCCCCGGAGUCUGUGCAGAAGGCAGCCAAGUGCAUCAUUGGGGUGGACUACCCCAAACCCAUGGUGAACCACGCAGAGACCAGCCGACUGAACAUCGAACGCAUGAAGCAGAUUUACCAGCAGCUGUCGCGCUACAGGGGGCUCUGUUUACUGGCAUCAGUCCCUUCAUGUGUGGAAGAUCUCAGUGGCCCAGUUGCAGACUCCGCUUCAGGGCAGGGCUGCAGCACCAGCACAGCGAUGAGGCUGUCGCAAGCAGACCAGGCUUCUCCAAAGCGCAAACACGAGGGAGCAGAAGAUUUGUGCGCUGAAGAACUGUACAAACGAGCCAAAGUGACAGGUCUCCCCGCUCCAGAGAUCCCUGGCAAGAGUUUAUGAUUCCAGCGGCAAACAUCUUGCAAGUGAAGAGUGAGAGUGGUGAAGAGGUGACCAGAGGAGCAGGGACUGCUGCCACAGAGGGGCUGGAACUUGAAAUGCGCAACAGAAAAUCUGGGGUCUCAUAUAAACGUGUAAUUCCAAUAGCUGCCACAAAAGGGCACUGCAUUACUUGUGCUUGGGAAUACUUGGCUUUCUGGUCUCUGGAGAGCCAAAUAUGUCUCUUCUCAGCCAUGCCCAAAAUCUGCCCACAUUUAAAGGGGCAAGAGCCUGCUAUCAACUUG